GGCAAUCUGGCCAAUUAUGCAUGCCUACUUGCAAAUACCACGUUGGGGGAAUGAUUGAGCCUGGCUGUCCAGCGGCUAGGCAAGCGUCCCUAGCACUUGUCCGAGUCGUAAGUGCACCUAAAGAUUGCGAAAAUGUCCCUAUAAUUCUAUUUCGACUUCCUAUGAAGUAUUCAUUCUAUCGACUUUCAUUUUGCAGCAAUAAUGGCUUUCAUCAAGAACCACGAUUACCCUGGAUACGAGGUCCUCGGCAAUGUUUUCAACAUCAGCGCCGCAGCAUCAUUCCAAGCCAAAGAUGCACGCAUAGUGGCAACCUCAGGCCAAAUUGGUGAAGCCAGCGACUACUCACCUUUCAACCCGAACGGGGCUGAUGGCCAGCAGUUCGAUGGUGGCCACGCAAAACAGUUUGAUGUCGCAAUGCACAACAUUCAGAAGUCUCUGGCUGCUGCAUCGCCAAAUCUGAGCCCCACUGAGCUCUGGGAAGGAGUCUUCAACAUCACUUCAUUUCAUGUUGGAUCUAUUCCCCAAGAAGACCAGCUCGAAAUUGCCGCAGUAGCACGCAGGUACCUUGGGAAGAACAAGCCAGCCUGGGCUGCUAUUUGUGUCGCCGCCCUUUUCCCACCGAAGUGUUUGGUCGAGAUCCAAGUCCAAGCAGCCUAUGCAAAUGAGUAGUUUGGUCAACGUCCAUUGAGAUCGUGGUGGAGAACUACGUGCUAGAGAACUACGAGUGGAUGCAGGAAGUUAGAAUUGGAUGUUAUGCUGAUAGAAAUCGGCUGUGGAUCGAAAAGCGUUGAGUCAAUACAAAAUCUUAAGUAUCCUCAGCAUAGGAUCGCACAGACACUAU